CUGGGAGCGUGCGAGCAGGGGCGCGGGGGCGCGGGGGCAGGAGCCGAGGACCGGGAUCGAGACAGAGAGAGAGAGAGAAGGAGCGAGAAGAGCCUUCCGGGGCUAGAGGAGGAGCGGGGCGAGAGAGGGGGCCGAUGAGCGAGAGCAGGAGCUCGAGCAAACGCUCUUCCGCGGGGGCUGCCGCUGCUGCUCUUCGACUUCGACGACUGUCCUUCUGGCGCGCGGGCGCGAAAGCGAGCAAAUUUGGCUGCAGCAUUAUUUUUCCUACUCUCGAGGAAGAGCAAGGAGGAGGAGGGGGAGGAGGAGUUGAACGAGCUUCGGUGGUAGAUAAGCCAGAUCAUGCAAGGUCUUGAAGUCGGAGGAGGAGGAGGAGGAGGUGGUGGUGGUGGAGCUGCUGCUGCUGGUCGAGAGUCGGGCUUCUUUGGGUUUUGCAAAUUGAGUGGAUUGGAGGUGGAUUUGGCGUGGUUCGCGAGUUAUUCUCGCUGUCUGGGGGGAAGUGCAGAUCAGCCGCGCGGAGCGCAGGAUUGGACUUCUUCGUCGUCGUUGGUCGCGGAGAUGGUGAUGAAGGCGAUGAUCUCCGAGCGCGUUAGAGGAUGGGAGCUUUAAAAUGUCUGAGGAUCGAUGGUAGGGCUAGAGUGAGCAUUUGAUACGGGAUGAGAGGUGCGCAAGGAUGACGGUGGAGGAUAGGUGGCGAUUUCGCUCCAGCUUAGAUUGUGGAGGAGUCUCUCCUGUUCUGCCCUCGGGACCGCUGCAGACUCUUACUACGAUCGACUUGAGGAUUGAAGUGUCUUUCUUUUUGAUGUAAUGAUGGCAGGUAGAGAGCUGUCACGGAUUUUGAAAGACACAACACCAUCGAAUAGCACCACAACUGCCAAGGAGGACAACCAACUCUCCACCGGAGUGAUUAUUGGCAUUUCUAUAGGAGUAUUCGUUGGAGUGCUUCUAGCUGUCUGUGUAUUAUUGUGCUGUCGAUGGAAAAAGAAAACGAGCAAAGAUGGCAGUGAGCGCAGAGGACUAUCACUACCUAUCAGGGUGAAUGGCGUCAAUUCUAGCACUAUACUGUCUGACUCUAACCUGGGGAAAGAAUCACCUUCUACCGGACACUAUGCAAAUACUCUAUUUUCGUCAUGGUUCGGCAGCAGCGAGAGGUUUCUUGCAAGCUCCGGAGUAACGAAGUUCAGCUACGGAGAGCUCAAGAAGGCAACGAAUAACUUUACAGCCUUGCUGGGCCAGGGUGCCUUCGGCCCUGUGUAUAAAGCUAUACUGCAACCAUCAGCCACAACAUUGGCCGUGAAAGUCCUUUCAAGCUACUCGAAGCAAGGCGAGAAAGAAUUUCAAACAGAGGUUAUGCUCUUGGGGAGGCUACAUCAUCGAAAUCUAGUUAAUCUAGUUGGAUAUUGUGCCGAACGAGGACAACGAAUGCUGGUCUACGAGUUCAUGACCAAUGGCAGCUUAGCUGGCUGGCUCUAUGAUCAAACUGGAGAGCCAUUGAGCUGGGAAAAUAGAGUUCGCAUAGCUCAAGACGUCUCAAGAGGCUUGGAGUAUCUUCACGAAGGGGCUGUCCCACCUGUUAUCCAUCGUGACAUAAAAUCGGCGAAUAUUCUUCUAGAUGUAUCAAUGACAGCCAGGGUUGCGGAUUUUGGCUUGUCCAAAGAAGCCAGUACACAUUCUUUUGUGUCAGGUGUGAAGGGAACUUUCGGCUAUGUUGAUCCUGAGUAUGUGUCCACCAACAACUUUACCGAGAAAAGUGAUGUGUAUAGCUUUGGAGUUCUUUUAUUCGAACUCAUAACUGCACGAAAUCCACAGCAAGGACUCAUGGACUAUGUCCACCUGGCUGCUUUGGGCGUAGAAGGCAAGGAAGGAUGGGGUGAGUUACUAGAUGUUAGAUUAAGUGGGAAGUGUAAUCUAGACGAUUUGGGUACGAUGGCUGCUUUGGCUUACAAAUGCGUGCGAAAGCUAGGGAAAAAGCGGCCGAAGAUCCGAGAUGUUGCGCAGUCUCUCUCGAAGUUAGGUAAGAAGAAGGGAAGCGGGCACAACAGUGGAAAGCACCACCCAUCUGACUCACCCCCUGCGUUGGCCCCUGUUACUGAGACCAAUCAAGAACAAGUUGAGGUUCCCGCCGGCGAGUGGAGCAAACCUUAUCCCCAUAGCGAUGGGACGUCUCAGGUUGCUCAAACGACCGCCGUCGAGAGCGCGUAAGAAGAGCACAAGAGCACUUGAGUUUUCUUUUCCUCACAUAUCCAAUCAAAGUUUCUCCGGACUUCUUGCGGAGAUGAACUUGUAGUCAAUCCUGGAAGGCGGUGUCACAUCCAGCGUCCACACGGAAAUCUUUUUUGCAUUCUGUGGACCAACUGUGACGUAGCCAGGUCUGUAGAAGCUUUUUUCAGGAUUUGGGUAGAUAGUGCUAACAGAGCUGGUUUUGUCAGUGGAAAGUUUUAUAAUACUCGAUGCUUCACAGCUGCGAAUGAGAUCAAGAGCUUGCUGUGUUGAUAGGUUGACCAUUCACGACCCACACAACGAUUACAUCAACAGGUCUCGUGACCUCGAACGUCCAUCGGACUUGUUAUUCCUAGUGCUUGAAUUUUGUGGACAACGCUGGAACGACGAACUGAGUUGUCACAGAGGCCACACACGCUUGUUGGUGCGAAAAGUCGCUUGGACAGUCUCCAUUCGAAAAAAGUUUGUAACAUUAUGAAAAAUCACAUACUAUAUUCUUUUUCCUUGCAACCGGAAAGACCUGCCUUUCAGUUGCUCAUACAGAAGUGUAAAUUCUGACGUGAGAAAUGUCUACUGGAUGGUGAUGUUAAUAGUGAAAUAUAUGUUUUAAUUACUGAGG